CCUGAAAAGAAGUCAAACAGGUUGGACCAAUCUCCAUAAUAUGGCUCCCAACAGGAUAUAUGCUGAUCGACACUGAGAGGGCUGAGUUUAUUAACUUCUUUAUGCGUAGGGAUCGAUAUAUUCGGCGGCACCGCAUGCCAUUUAGAUCAAGAGAAAGACAAGAGAGGUAGAGAGAGAGGUGGAGAGAGAGAGAGAGAGCAGGUACGGCACAACAAGUCGCAACAUGACUGACAAUGAAUUCCUUUAGCGUGAAUAGUCCGAAUGAGUUGGGGUUGUUAAAGAGAACGAACUGAAGAUAGGGAGUCAAAGUGAGUCAGGCAUAUAACUCAGUAAUGUCUUGGUUUUCCACUUUAAAGAGGAUUAUAUUUUUGGAGAGUUUUUGCGUCUUGUGUGCGCAAACGUGUCCGCAGCGGACGAUGCCUGUGCCACUGUGGCGCACAGGACUGCUGCUCUGCUGCCUCUGUUUCUGCGCCAGCCUGGAGGAAGAGUGCGUCUUUGGCAUAGUGGGGCAGCCGGUCUCACUGCCCUGCUUGUACCCUAAAUUAUUAACCUUUGUUAAUUUUUCCAUUGAGUGGAGGAGAGACGAUGAAGUGGUGCUCAGAUCAGUGUGGAAAAACAAUUCAAAUGUGGAGGAACUGAGCGUCAACAGCGCCACAAUCUCAGCUGAUGCUGCACGGACUGGAAACUUCUCUCUGGAGCUGCCCACAGUUUAUCCUAAAGAGCACAACAUGAGUUACAGUCUGUUCAUCAUUUCAGAGGAGAAUCAAAGUGCUGCGCUGUGCACCGUGUGCCUCAGGAUAGCAGCCAGUUUCAGUUCCCCACUGCUGCUGAGGGAAGAAGCAGCGCAGGGGGAGGAGACGGUCUUCCUGUGUCACUCUAGUGGUGGUUUUCCCGAACCUGCAGUUCAUUGGCGCAUCAACCACACCAAUGAGCCCCCUGAAGGCUCAGUGAGGACCCUGGCACUUUCACUCCCAGACUCCCAUCUGUACAACAUCACAAGCCACCUGAAGGUCAACAUUCCCAAAGAGUCCAUGGUGUCGUGCACCAUAGAGAACCUGUCCAUGAAUGAAACCUUGACAUCCACAAGCUAUGGAGUUGGGGUCAGCCCGGUGGUGAGUCGAGCAUCAGAGGCCAUGUGGAUCUUCAGUACGGGUCUGUGCGCAGUGGUUGGGGUCAUGGUGGUGGCAGGAGUCGCCUACCAGAUUCACCUGGACAGGAUAAGUAAGAGGAAGAAGCGUGAACACCAACAGGCUGACAGAGGAUACAAAAGGCGAAAUCUGUUCAAGGAGGAGACCGAGGCGAUGAAGCCGAAGGAGACGGACGUGUAAAAGUCUGAGAGGACAAAUCCCCACUUUUCUUCUGUUGACGUGAGGCAACAGUGCACUGAUUUGUAAAUACGUGUUUGUUGUGACCACUUAAUAUUCAGUACAAGUGGUGGGUUUUUAAAUAGACGAUGUAGAUAGAAGUGAAAUUACUGUAAGUUAACAAAGCAUCUCACCACUUCACAUUCUUUUGUUUGCUGUUGUUUCAAGCUUUAAUAAAGAUGCUCAUAUUCA